AUGGAAGUUAAAGGCCUACUUCUGCAUUGGCCUGUAGGUUAUCUCCACCCAGGACCCACCCAGGACACACCCAGGACAAACCCAGUCUCCACCCAGUCUGCACCCAAGACCCACCCAGUCUCCACCCAGUGUUCACCCAGUCUCCACCCAGGACCCACCCAGUCUCCACCCAGGACCCACCCUGUCUCCACCCAGGACCCAUCCUUUCUCCACCCAGGACCCACCGAGUCGCCACCCAGUCUCCACCCAGUCUCUACCCAGUCUCCACCCAGGACCCACCCAGGACCCACCCAGGAGCCAUCCAGUCUCCACCCAGUCUCUACCCAGUCUCCACCCAGGACCCACCCAGGAGCCAUCCAGUCUCCACACAGUCUCCACCCAGGACCCCCCCAGGACCCAUCCAGUCUCCACCCAGUCUCCACCCAGUCUCCACCCAGGACCCACCCAGCCUCCACCCAGGACCCACCCAGUCUCUACCCAGACUCUACCCAGGACCCACCCAGUCUCCACCCAGUCUCCCUCAGUUUCCACCCAGGACCCACCCAGUCUCCACCCAGUCUCCCUCAGUCUCCACCCAGUCUCCACCCAGGACCCAUUGAGUCUCCACCCAGUCUUCACCCAAGAACCACCCAGUCUCCACCCAGUGUUCACCCAGUCUCCACCCAGGACCCACCCAGUCUCCACCCAGGACCCACCCAGUACCACGCAGGACCUACCCAGCCUCCACCCAGGACCCACCCAGUCUCCACCCAGUCUCCACCCAGGACCCACCGAGUCUCCACCCAGUCUUCACCCAGUUUCCUCCCAGGACCCACCCAGUCUCCAACCAGGACCCACCCAGUCCCACCCAGUACCUACCCAGCCUCCACCCAGGACCCACCCAGUCUCCACCCAGUCUCCCUCAGUCUCCACCCAGGACCCACCCAGUCUCCACCCAGGACCCACCCAGUCUCCACCCAGUCUCCACCCAGGACCCACCCAGGACCCACCCAGGACCCACCCAGUCGCUACACAGUCUCUACACAGUCUCUACCCAGGACCCACCCAGUCUCCACCCAGUCUCCACCCAGGACCCACCCAGGACCCACCCAGGACCCACCCAGGACCCACCUAGUCUCCACCCAGUCUCCACCCAGUCUCCACCCAGGACACACCCAGGACCCACCCAGGAUCCACCCAGUCUCCACCCAGGACCCACCCACCACCUGUUAUCCGCUGAGAAACACUUGGUAA